AUGAAUUUUAACGAAAUGUUAAAGAGUAAUGAAAAUAAUAUUAGGAGUGACAAGUUGAAUAAUUUUUGUACUUCAUUUAAUAAUUCCUCUAUGUCCUUGAAUUGUACAAAACAAAAUAACAUAUCAUUAUUAAAUAAUAAUAACAACAAUAAUAAUAAUAAUAAUAAUAUAAAUAUAAAAGUUGAACCUAAAGCAGGAGAAGAACUAGAAAUUUAUGUAGAAAAUAUGCUGAACGAAUUAAAAACCAAAAUGCAGAGCUUAUCAGAUAAUCUAUUAAAUAAAGUUGACAAUAUGGAAAAAUAUUUAGACGAACUAGAAAAUAUUAUGAUGAACUAUACAUCUCAAAAUAAUUUACAGUAA